ACGCCAAGCCAACGCUAUUACGCGACGAUUAGCCGAACAAAUCAAUCAUCCUCUUCUACUUCAUGUAGGCCGCGGGAUUCCGAGUCCCAAUCCGGCGUCGCCCGCCACCGUCGCCUCGCCGGCUACAGGGGUCCGGUCCCCGCGAUGGAGCCCUCGCCAACUUCCUCCUCCUCCUCGCCGGCCGUGGCGCGGCGGUUAUUGCCGGAGGUAAGGAGGGUGCGGAAGCGGGCGCUGGAGGAGGUGCUGGAGCAGGUCCAGCGGGCGGUUGAGAUGCUGCGCGACGCCGACGCUGAUCUCGGCGUCUCUCUGUCGGAGGACACCGCAGCAGUCCCGCCGGAAGGCGAGGAGGACCGCAAGGGCGAUGUCGGUGUCGAUGGAGAUGACGUGGCGACGUCGUCGUCGGUUGCGAGUGACUCCGAUUACGAGACGGCACAGAUGUGUGACCUUCUUAAAUCUAAGGUUGGAUCGCUCGAGUUCCUUCAAAAGCUCAAUGGUAUUCAGAAGUCUGUACAUCAAAAUAGUGCAGUUGAACCUGAUACAUCAUGGGAUAUAAUAAAGUCAGUGGAUUUGUGGGAAGAUGGUGACUUAGAUGAUGGAUAUGUUCUUGUUAAGCAGGAGGAUGUGGUUGAUGGGAUUACUUCCUUUAUGGCUGCAUACUUGUUAUCACUUAAAGGGACCAAGGACCUGUCUCCUGAUCAACUUCAGAAAGCGCUUAGGAAGACGUUUUCAGCUGAAAAGAAGAAAAGUAAAAUCCGGAAGGCAUGGGAUGGAACUAAAGUCAUUUAUAAUGUUGCUUCAUGGGGCGCCACUGCUGUUGGGGUCUACAAUAAUCGAGCAUUACUUACGGUCGCAACUACAGCAUUUCGGACUUCCUGCCGCGUGAUAUCCAAGUUCCUUUGAAUAAAUAUAUAUUGUGUCAACAACUAGGCUAUGUUAGAAUUGCUUGCGUGGGUUUUUUUUUUCAAUUGUUCAGCUAAAAAGGUAGCAUAAAGCCUGAAACCAUUUGUUUAGUCUAUUCUGAUGCUGUGAAUCUGCGUCUGCUAGUGAGAUCAUGAUUUCCCGAUUGAGUUCGACUGCUAAUUUAGCAUUGGUGCUAUUCCACAACUUCAUCAACAGCAGCGCCUCUUAGUCCAAAGCAGCAUUUGUAUUGCCCAACUGUAAAUAUUGCCUUGGUUUGAACAAACUUGUUUUGUGUGCCUGAAUAAGAUUUCAGGCAACACUCUGUACCACCAACUAGUACAAAUAAAUUUUUAUUUUAUGAUUUGUUAUU